UUUCCCCACCAAUCACAAAAGCACUCCACCGUCAUUGUAUCAUACCAAAAAAAAAAAAACAGAAAGUCUUCUCAAACUCCAAAAUUUGAAGAACAGCAAAUCUAAAUCCAACCAAUAGGAACUGAAGACAAGAUCAUCCAGAGAAAAAUGUUGGCAUUCGUGAAACGCUUUUCCUUGAAGCGAACAAAGCAUCCUCGCGGAUAUGAGGACCCUCAGGUUCUUGCAUCUGAAACUCCAUUUACGGUGAAUGAGAUAGAAGCUUUACACAAUUUAUUCAAGAAGCUAAGUACAUCCAUUAUCAACGAUGGUCUUAUCCACAAGGAAGAGUUUCUUCUGGCUUUGUUCAGAAACAGCAGUAUGCAAAAUCUAUUUGCCGACAGAGUGUUUUAUAUGUUUGAUAGGAAACGAAACGGUGUGAUUGAGUUUGGUGAAUUCGUUCGUUCACUAAGCAUCUUCCAUCCACACACUCCGGAACAUGAAAAGUCCUCAUUUAUGUUCAAGCUUUAUGACCUUGAUGGAACCGGCUUCAUCCAGCGCCAUGAGUUGAAGAAAAUGGUGGGCGCACUACUUAGCGAAACAGACUUAGGACUAUCGGAAGAAUCCAUUGAAGCCAUCGUCGAACAGACAAUGAUUGAGGUUGAUACGAACAAAGAUGGUAAAAUUGAUGAAGAAGAGUGGAAAGAGCUCGUCGCAAAGAAUCCUUCAAUCCUCAAAAACAUGACUUUACCCUACCUCAAGGAAGUGACUUUAGCAUUCCCAAGUUUCGUUCUUGACUCCGAAGUAGACGACUAAAA